AUGACCUGGGUCUUGCUUUUGUCGCUAUGGCUGUCCCUGGCCCAGGGGAUGAGGACAGAAAAGAUCCAUGAGCUCAGGAAAGAAACACAGCAUAUGUUCUACCACGGAUUUGAGAACUACAUCGAACAUGCUUUCCCGGAAGAUGAAUUACGUCCCCUCUCCUGCCGUCCAUUGGUUCGCGACCGAGAUAAUCCAGGACACGCCGAGCUGAACGAUGUGCUGGGAAAUUACUCCCUAACUCUGAUUGACAGUCUCUCGUCGCUUGCGAUCCUGUCUUCCAGUGACGACGAUGGAAAACGCGCGUGGGGAUAUUUUCAGGAUGGAAUGAAGGACUUUGUUCGGCUGUACGGCGACGGGUCGGACGGCCCUGCUGGACAGGGUGAAAGGGGGAGGGGGUUCGAUCGGGACAGCAAAGUCCAGGUUUUUGAGACCGUCAUUCGUGGACUAGGUGGUCUACUCAGUGCGCAUCUCUUUGCCGUAGGCGAUCUUCCUAUUGCCGGGUACAAUCCGCCGGAGACAGAAGCGCAUUACGCGAAAGCUUGGAAUAAAUCCGAUUUUCCGGAGGGCAGCCGCGGGAUAGAGUGGGAGAAUGGGUUUGUCUAUGAUGGUCAAUUUUUGCGACUUGCCUCGGAUCUGGCGAACCGCAUUCUUCCAGCAUUCUACACGGAUACCGGCCUUCCCUACCCCCGGGUAAAUCUACGUUAUGGAGUACAACGACAGCCAUUCUACGCAAAUUCGCCCUUGAAUGUUGAAUCAUGUCACCAUCCCAACGUGAAGUCCUGCCAGAAGAAACGACAAUCAUCUCCGCCCGAAAUCACAGAAACUUGCAGCGCCGGCGCUGGCAGUCUAGUCCUCGAAUUUACUGUCUUGAGCAGGCUCACGGGAGACGGCCGAUACGAGGAGUUGGCCAAGAGGGCCUUUUGGGCAGUGUGGGAGAGAAGAAGUGAAAUUGGAUUGAUUGGCUCGGGGAUUGACGCCGAAUCGGGCAGAUGGGUUCACUCUUUUACCGGGAUUGGUGCUGGCAUUGACAGCUUUUUCGAAUACGCUUUCAAAUCAUAUGUCCUACUGUCCUCGGGCGAUCGACCCCCACACGACCUAGACAGUCCGUGGCAUGCGUUCGACCAUCAUUUCGGCCCUCUGACAGAGUAUGAACACUCUGCAGAUGCUUUUCUGCAAGUGUGGCACGAGUCCCACGCGGCGAUCAAACGUCACUUGUACCGAGGAGAGGGCUAUCAACACCCGCACCUCAUCCAAGGGGAUGUCUUUACUGGCGCCACACGAGCGUUUUGGAUCGAUAGCCUGAGCGCCUUUUACCCGGGACUUCUGACGUUGGCAGGAGAGCUCGAUGAGGCGAUUGGAAUCCACCUUCUGCCGACAGCCGUUUGGAAUCGUUUCUCUGGCCUCCCGGAGAGGUGGAAUGUUGUCACAGGCAAUGUCGAAGGGAAUCUCGGAUGGUACGGCGGCCGUCCGGAAUUUGUCGAAUCCACUUAUUACCUCUACCAAGCCACAAAGGACCCGUGGUAUUUGCACGUCGGCGAAAUGGUUCUGCGGGACCUCAAAAGACGAUGCUGGACAAAGUGCGGCUGGGCGGGUCUUCAAGACGUCCGCAAUGGCGAGCUGAGCGACAGGAUGGAGAGCUUCUUCCUGGGAGAAACUACUAAGUAUAUGUACUUGCUCUAUGAUCCGGCACACCCUUUGAACAACCUGGAUCAGCCGUUCGUCUUCUCGACCGAAGGACAUCCUCUCAUUAUACCCAAGAGCACGACAGGAGCGCAACGUCCUCAAGCCCGGAAGCAGCAACAACCGCAGCCGCAGCACAAGGACUCUGUUUGUCAGUCAGCACCCUUGCCCCCAACCUUCGGCUUAUCCUCAACAGCAGCGCGGCCCGAUGUCUUUCACGCCGCGACUUUGGCCCGGUUACACCUGAUGCCACAUCGAGGUUCGGCGGAAGGGCCUCUCUUGGACCAUGCGAAGGACCACCCAAGCGUGUCAAUGUCUGAUCUAUCCUCCCCCACUAAUUAUACCUUCUUCCCGUGGACCUUGCCCCCUGAACUCGUCCCGUUUAAUGCGACGAGCUCUCCCAUGACUGUUCGUCCCACACUGGAUAUUUCAUUCCCCAGCAUCCCGGGCAUGGUCCUGGGAUCGAACUCCUUGGAACGGAUUCGGGAGGGAAUUCUCAUCAAGGCUAUCGGCGGACUGCGGUUAAGCAUGGUGCAAGACGUGCCCUCCCAAGAUGCGCCGGAGAACCCGGCGGAGGACGAGUUCCGGAUCCAGGUGAUCAACAACGUGCCACUUGGAAAAGAUGAGAAGGUAUUCCUUUCGCGAGAGAUCACGUUCGAUGUCCUGGAUCCCACCGAUCCGAACUUCACCCGCAUGCGUGACUCCUCAAUGAUUGACAUCGUCAUUGACGUUAUCCCAGAAACCGUCCGUCGACGAAACGAUUCAGAUGAUCAUCAAGAACCGGCUGCGGCAGAAAAUGGCCAAAACCCCAUCAUUCACGAGUCCUCCACUGACGGAAAGCUCGGCUACCUAGACCCUUCUUCCCCGAGUAUGAGGACUGUACUGUCUUCUCUGAUGAAUUCGGUGUCUGCUUUGAUUCGCGACGAGCCUCAGACGCACCUGUCCUGGUCAUCGUCCCCGAAACAACCGUCGCUGCGACUGGCCUUACCGGCCGCGGUCUCCUCUGGAUUGGGGUCCGCUCCUCUCCCGGAAGUGGGAGAUGCAACUACCUUUUCGAUCACAGGCGAUCCGUCUAAGAACCGUCUCACCUGGUCUACGAUCUACUUCGCCGACGAGCUCUGCGAUCAGCGCAUCCCGCGGGAGGUCGCGCAAACUCACCAAGUGCUGGUGAUCAAGCGCGGCGGGUGCAGCUUUUCGCAAAAGCUGCAGAAUAUUGCCGCAUAUCCACCCUCGCGCCGCGCCCUGAAGCUCGUCAUCGUGGUCUCGUCUGACGAGCAGCCGCCGGACGACGAGGCUUCCGAGUCCAAAUCCCCCAACACCUUGGCCGCCAUCCGCGCAGGACCCUUCCUUGCCCGGCCCUACCUUGACGAGGCCCAGAUGACUGCCGGGGGGACACCGCGGCGCCAUUUAAUCAGCAUGUUGAUGGUCGGCGGAGGCGAUGAAACUUAUGAAUUGCUCCGUCGUUCGACGGGCAUCGGCAUUAAGCGACGAUAUACGGUGCGGUCGCAAGGCAUUCCGAUCAAUAAUUUGUACGUCAUUUAA